CUCAAUGGCUUCUGGCAUCAAUAGCUUCGCGUCGAGAGGCUUUGCUUCGGGAAGAUAAAAAAAAUCCGUGGGAUAUACUCGUGGGAGGAGGAGGUGGAGAAUGACGCGAUUAUAAGAUAGAGAUACUUCCUUUAUAAUCGGAGUACUCUCGAAUAUCAUGCGAGCAUCAAUCACCAUCACUUUGCAAGUUAAUAGCCACGCACAUUCUAAUAUUCGACGCUUGAAUAAUUACGUUUGAUUGUGAGGAAAAAAAAAGAGACAUAACGAGUUAUAGGAUGUCUCUGAGCGCCAGCGCGGAGAAUCUCUCGUCCGAGGGACAAAAUAACGAGAGAUGGAACAUGUGCCUAGAACUGGCACUGGAGGGCGAACGCUUAUGCAAGGCUGGUGACUGCAAAUCUGGUGUAGCAUUCUUCCAGGCAGCGAUUCAAGCUGGCACAGAUGAUUUGCGGAUACUAAGCGCAAUCUACAGCCAGCUAGGCAACGCGUACUUCUAUCUGAGUGACUACGUUAAGGCAAUGCAGUAUCACAAGUUGGAUCUGACACUUGCCAGGAACAUGGGUGACAAACUGGGCGAAGCCAAGUCUAGCGGAAAUUUGGGCAAUACACUGAAAGUUAUGGGCAAGUUUGACGAAGCCAUGAUAUGCUGCAAAAGGCAUCUGGAGAUCUCUAGAGAGAUUGGAGAUAAGCUUAGCGAGGGAAGAGCUCUAUACAAUUUGGGAAAUGUAUAUCACGCUAAGGGCAAACAAGCAGGUCGAAUAGGUAAUCAGGACCCAGGAGAGUUUUCUGAAGAUGUUCGGCAGUGCUUGCAACAGGCUGUACGCUAUUAUGAAGAAAAUUUGGAGCUGGUGAGAGAACUGGAAGAUUCUGCAGCGCAAGGCAGAGCGUGCGGCAAUUUGGGCAAUACGUUUUACUUGCUGGGCGAUUUCCAACAGGCCAUUUACUAUCACAAUGAACGUUUAAAAAUUGCCAGAGAAUUUGGCGACAAACCGGCCGAGAGGAGAGCCAACAGUAAUCUGGGGAAUUCACACAUAUUUCUGGGCGAAUUCGAGAAAGCCGCGCAACAUUAUAAGAGGACUUUAGCCCUCGCGCAAGAGUUGGGCGAUCGCGAGGUAGAAGCGCAAGCAUGUUAUUCCCUAGGCAACACAUAUACCCUUCUACGCGACUACUCGGCGGCCAUCGAAUACCAUCUGUGGCAUCUGAGUAUAGCUCAACAAUUAAAAGAUCGUAUUGGCGAAGGACGCGCCUGCUGGUCACUAGGCAACGCCUAUGCUGCAAUGGGCAAUCACGAAAAAGCGCUGCACUAUGCGAAUCUGCAUCUACAUAUCUCGAAGGAGUUGGAAGAUGAAAUGGGUCAAGCUACCGCGCAGAUGAACAUUGACGAUUUACACAAAAUUCUUGGCCUGGAAAAGAGUCAGCAAGAGAGCAACAAGGAGAAUCUGAACAUGCAAAAACUAUCUGCAAAUACAAUAUCAAACAUCCCGACAACUACACCAUGCAGGUACAGGCUCAGACGACAAAGCAUGGACAAUCUCGAUCUCAUAAAGCUCACACCUGAUACAAAGCAAAAAGAUAAAUCAGAAAUCGUAUCGGACAAAGGCAACAACGUCGCAUCGCAACCAUCUCAGGAAGAAGAUAACUUCUUCGAUUUGCUCUCCCGGUUUCAGUCAGGUAGAAUGGAUGAUCAACGUUGCGCGCUCAACACGAAGCACAAUUCGAAGUACCGAACGAUUACGUCAGAAGUAUCCGAUAUGGAGGAUAAAGAUAGCGAGGAUUUGCUAGAAUUAAUCGCUGGAAUGCAAAGCAAACGAAUGGACGAGCAACGAGUGACGUUACCUUACCUGCCUGGAUUGAACACCAAUCAGGAUGCGGACGAUUCCUUCAUCGAGAUGCUUGUCAGAUGCCAGAGUUCACGUUUAGAGGACCAACGGAGUCCUCUACCAGCUGCGUCAACGUUGCAAGAUGCCGAGGAGGAGAGAGGUCGAAGAACCAACGGAAACGCUCAGUCGGGCUCCACUGUGCCCGAGGAAGAUCUAUUCGCCCUAAUUCAAAGACUUCAAGCCGGACGGAUGGAGGAUCAAAGAGCAUCCGGACCUGGCAAAGCAUGCUAAAUCCGCUAAAGCAAACGACUCAAGUUUGAGAAAUAUCGAAAUAACGGAUUCGUCCGAUUUUUGCACUCAGGUCUUUGAUUCCGUUCAGAUAGACUUAACUGUGUAUUCGUGUAGACUGUCACGUCUGCAACAGUAAGUAAUUGAUAAGUAAAUGAUAAUCAAUAUUCUAUAGCUUAGCGACUGUGCUAAAAGUAUCAGUUGUGUGAAAGCAUUAUAGGACAAUGCAAUAAUGAACAACUUUUUAAUUUUGACCGUCUAGUGAUAACUGCCGUUAGUAUCUGGCUAUUUGGUCGAUUGAGUAAACUAAAUGAAAUGAGAGCUAUGUUCGAUAUAUAAGUUAUUUGUCAACGUAAAAAGGAAAUCGUGAAAAUGUUACAUGUAAUGCAUUUGCAGAUCUCUAUGACCUCGACAAUUUAUGUGACACACCAGUAUAACUAGCACCGGUUUUAGUAUUAUCAAGAAUUUUAUAAUACCUGUUUUACACAGAGCUAUAUGUAUAAUUGCGCGCGCAAAACAGGUUUCUCAAACACUGCCAGUUUGAGGGUGCGAAUUAUUUUCGGACAUUCGUUCAUGAUAAACGCGGAGGGCCUUUUAAUGUUCGCACAUCCUCAAGAGAAAGAUCAUAGGUUUAUUAUUUUAUAUAUAUAUAUAUGUUUUUUUGUGCAUAUUUUUCAAUUUACUUCAAUAUAUAAGGGACGAGAGAGCAAGAUUAUUAUUUUUUUUUAAUAUAUUGUGCUUAAAUGUUACACAGUGGAUGAGAAAGAUGUUCGUAUAUCGCCAAGUUUCACUAUCUUAGAUAGCUCUCUUAGUUGCUAAACAAUUAUGAAUGAAUAACACCAAAACAAAUCGAGCGAGAAAGAGUUAAAAAAUAGAUGAAUUCACGAGUUUUUGGUUAUAGUCAAAGCCAUGUUACUUCAAGCCAUGUUAUCUUCAAUUUCCAAAGCUUUUUAAAAUCUACUUUCACGUAAGAUUCUUUUUCAUUCACAAAAGUUUUGUAUCUUUUUCAUCUUUAUUAUUAUUAGUGUAUAGUCAAUGAGAAAAAGUAUUAUCAAUUGCAUCGAUUCUAUGAACACAAAUACAUCUUACUACUUGAUUCACUCUCGCAUAUAAGAUACCUAACUACUCUCUCUCUGCUGGAUAAAAUAUUUUUUAAAAGAUUUAGAUAGAGAGAGAGGGGAAAUUACGAAUCUUUAUACAUGAAAAAGAAGGAUAAUAAUGUGUGAAUAUUAUUUUUGCUUAUACAUUUAAUAGGACAAAAACUCCUAAUGAAUAUCAGUGCCAAAGAUUUUCAAUGUGCUAAAAAAUUAAUCUGUUGAAAGAGGGGGAAAAAAAAAGUUUAUUAUAAAUGAAUCUCUAUAUUUAUUAUACAAAUAACAUUAUUCCUGUGAAAAAUUGGUUAUUGUAACAAAGUAAUUAUUAUUGGCGAAGAUCUAUAUCUAUUUACAAUUGACCAAGUAUUAAGCUUAAUUCAUCCUAUUUAUCUUUCGCAAAAUUAUUGAGGUAGCUUUCUCCAAAGUAUAUCUUUCCAUUUUAAUUAAAAUUAUGGAACAUUGAAAAAAAUUUCUUUUAUUUGUUGUAACACUAUAUCUAUUAUUAUCUAAACAGACUCACAUUUAUGGAUCUAAAUUAUUAACAAAUGUGGAGAACACAUAUAGCUUUGGCGUGUCAUCUGUUCUAACGAUCAAAUGUGUAUAUAAUUGUGAAUGAGCAAUUCCAUGCUGAUUAAAAUGUCGAUUUAUUGUUAGCGACGAACCGAAUGGCAACGAUGUUAUUUACGCGCGCGCCAAAAGAGAAAAGAAAUAUUGAUAAUAAUAUAAGUUGAUAAUUGGUUCAACAAAAGUGCAAGAAUAGUGAUAUACUAAUUACCGAAUCGAUCGAUACUGAGCAUUUUUUGCUA